AUGAAUACGGCGGAGGACUUGGAAGCGGCGCCGAUCUCCUUCAUGGUGUCGAAGUACUGGGUGACCAAGACCAUGUCCAUCACGUCCUUGGCCGUCGUCCCCGGCACGUUGACAGAGAAUCCGAGGACGCUGUCUCUGAGCCCGUCGACGAUCGCCUGGCGCUGGCGAGCAAUUCCGAGUCCGGCCAGGUACUUGGACUCAGCCUCCCCCUCCGCCCGUUUAAUCUGUAGGAUCUUCUCUGCCUCAGCCUUCUCGUUUGCAGCCAUCCUGAGCCUAAGAGCUGAGCGAGGAAGAGGGAUGAGGGGGUUGUAACGUAUUUAUAACGUUUCUCAUAUGAUUAAUGUUGAAUGUUUGACGAUGAAAAGGGUGUGAAUGAAAGAAAAGCUUCGAUUCCCAUUUGCAUCAAUCGAUAAGGCAACGCCAGAAAAAUCAUCGAGAUGAAUCUCACAAAAUUCUCAAAAAGUUGAUGACGUUUACCUACAGAACAAAAAUGUGCUACGAAAGAAUGAUACCCAAAUAUGGAUGAUCUCAAAAAGACAAAGGAAAUACACUAAGAAUCACACGUCUGAACAACAAAUAAGUCAGAUAUACUGGUGAUUUUUUUUAAUUUCAUCAUAUAUUUUAGAACAACAACAUCUAACCAAUAAUGUUAAAGAUCCCUCCCGAUCAACGUAUUAAAACGAAAACAUUAAAUGGGAUAAAUUCAACACCGGAUGGGGAGGAGCACACUACCAGCAUUGAUUUCGUUCAUGGCUCGCUUCACGCGCUCAUCUGGCUCUAUAUCGACGAUGAGCGUCUGCACAAUCUCAAACCCGUAGUUCGACAUGGCCUUCUCCAGUUCAUCCUCCACUGCCUUGGCUAUGUCGUUCUUCUGCUCGAAUGCGUCGUCCAGAUUAAGCUUCGGAACGCUUGCCCUGAUAACUGGCAGGAGAAGAAAAAGUACGAGUAUUUUUCUCGCCCAUCACCCACACGGAAAUGUAGUCAUGUCUACCUGGUAAUCAACUGUUGAAGGAUCUACUCAAAGAGCACUCACCGUCAAAAACAUAA